AUCGAGGAAGCAGAGAGAGGGAAAGAUGUUGAGUUAGGGGCUGGGGGUGUCCGUGGGACCCCCAUGUGGUCUCACGUGCUUCAACUGAGAGGUUUUUUGAAGGGCUGCGACCGUGACACGUGGCAAAGAGCGUAUCGAAACUUGUGGUUCAGAG